CAUUUAUUUAUAUCAUAUAUAUUUAUUAAAUCAACUGCACUUUAAAAUUUGUUACUUAACUAUUCCGGCACGGUGCCCGUACUCCCCUUGGCUCUUGGUAUGACUCAAAAUAAUAAUCCUAAGGUGAACUCACAUCGACUGGAAUGCGCUAACAUUACAAUUUCGGGCGAUAGAUUCGUGAAGAAUAUAAAGACUUUCUUCCCUAAAAAUAUAAUCAUUCUUAAAUUUAUAUUCGUUCUACAGAUGUAAAUCGUACUUAUUUGAGUGCUUCUUCUCAUUUGCAAGGAAUGUUUCCUGAAGGAACAGGCGAAUUAUUACCUUUGAAUCUUUUAUAGAAUUAUACUUUACCUCCAUUUAAAAACGCUAAGUCUUUUUUUGAAGAAGGAUAAAUGGAAGCACUUCCGCACUAAAUUUAAGUCGUUCCAAUACAUAGCUUACAUGCAAAAGAUGAUUUAGUAUUAUAACCAGAUGAAAAUUGUUUGCUUUGGAAACCUUUAUAAUUAUAUAUUUUCUGUAUCUUUGAUCAUGUUUCUAUAGUAAACAUUUAAUCCGUUUUUAUAAGUAAGAUUUAAAUAUAUAAAAUGAUAUCCAAAGCAAUAAUUUUAGGUUUAGCCCUUCGUCUAGCUUUAAUUAUAUACGCUGAAUUCCAAGAUUAUUAUUAUAAUUUAAAAUACACAGAUAUUGAUUAUUUUGUAUAUUCUGAUGCUGCAAAAUAUGUAAUGGAAGGAAAAACUCCAUACGACCGCCACACAUAUAGAUACACUCCUAUUUUAUCUUAUUUAAUGAUUCCUAAUUGGGUAUUAUAUGAGAACUUUGGGAAAUUUUUAUUUAUUAUUUACGAUAUAUUAGGAGGCAUACUAAUUUAAAAAAUACUAAAGUAAUCAUUCUGCACAGCUUAAUAUUAUAUUUGGUAUAUGUGUUUAAUGCCUUUGAUUUUGGCCAGAAAUGAAAUGUAUUUUUAGAAAAAAAAAUUAUUUUUCUUAUUGUGGGGAAUAUGGUUAGCUAGUGAACUUUUAUGGAAUUUAGGAUCUUAUUAUUUGGAAUUAUAAGGAAUCAAUGUUUUUUUAUAUAUUUGGAUGAGUUCUUUGCUUUUUUUUAUUAUCAAUUGCUUCGUUAUUUGUUUCUUCUUGAAAUAUUAAAAAGUAAUGGUUUUUAAGUAAGAAAGUAAAAAAAUGGAAUGA